CUGCCUUUUUUCAAGAUACCCAAAUCUUUCUCAACUUUUCACCAAUCUCUUCCUCCAAUCAAUUCACCGAGAAGAACACACAUACCAACGCCACCAUGUUCUCGAGACAAGCAACCCAGAAUGCGCGGUUUGCAGCCCGUUGUGCCCGUCGUCCAGCUUCGCGGGUAGCCAACCCCCAGUUCCGCGCCCAACAACCCCGCUUCCAGUCUACCGAGUCAGCAACAUCCGGCAACGCGGGUGCCGGCUCACAUGCCGCAAUCGGUGCCGCAUCUGGUGCCCUUGCAGCCAUCACAGUCGGCUACAUCUUCUACAGACAAUCGGGUGCUCGUGAUGUUGUAAUAGCUUCCAAGACUGCAAAGGGCUACGUCAACUCAGCUACACAGAAGAUCAAGGAGCAAACACCAGAGCCCAACGAGGCGCUGCAAUGGCUGCGAAAUGCUGCGCAGAGCUACGCUACUUUCAUCCCCGGUGCCAAAGGCUACGUUGACUCCGCCUUCGAUGACCUCGAUGCUAUCCGUGCAAAGCACGGCAAGGAGGUUGACCAGAUCGUCACCGAGGCAUACGACGAGAUGCGCCAGGUUCUCGGCAACGGUGAUAUGAGCCUCGUCACCGCACACAAGACUUGGGACGUUAUUACCAAGCACAUGAGCCGCAUCGCAGAUCUUGCUGGCGACGCAUCACAACAGAUCAUGGACAACCACCCUCAGCUCAAGGAGAAGGUUGGCGGUAACAUUGAUAAACUCAAGGAGUACGGCGACAAGUAUGGUCCCGAGGCCAAGAAGGAGGUCGACAGGACAUGGAAGCAGAUCAGUGACGUCGUCAAGACUGGCGUAAGUGCGUCGAACAUUGAGAAAAUCAGGAGCAUCGUGCAAGAAAAGGUGGAGAAACUCAAGAAGAUGGGCGAUGAGGCUUGGGACAAGGGUAUGGAGCAGGCAAAGCCCUACCUUGACAAGAACCCUCAGGUCAAGAAGAUUGUCGAAGAGAACGCGGAUGCACUCAAGGGCGGAAACGUCCAAGAGCUGUACGAGCGCGUCAAGUCUGCCGUCGAGAAGGGUGAUACUGGCGACCUUGAGUCAUACGUCAAGAGCGCCGCCAACAAGGCCAAGGAGUCUGGUUUCGGUGAUAUCGAGCAGUACUUCAAGCAGAUCCCUGGCGGCGACCAGAUCAUGCCCAAGCUAAGCCAGCUUCAGGACGUUGCCCAGAAGCACGGCGACGAAGCACAGAAGCUUUUCAAGGACACCAUCUCGGAGAUCUCCAGCCUCCUCCAGAAGAAGGGUGAAGAGGCAUCCAAGUUGGCCGACAAGGCAAAGGAGGACUCUAAGAAAUAGGACACGACAGAAAUGUUGUCCUAGCAUGAUGAGGAGUGUAACGACUACUUUACUUGUACGAUUAUAUGCAUCAUCGGCGUUGACCAUGUCCAGCGAAAUUAUCUUAGCAUCUGUAAACAAUCUUGAAAGCAACUUCAAUCUGACUACUAUCUGCUGUCGCCUUCUCUAGCCUCUCUGUGAUGUCCCACAUUGGUUCGUCGCACAGUCGGCUAGAGAUGAUUGCAUCAAGGUAUUGUGCGGGGGAUGCAUGUCCAUGACUGCCUGCAUGCAGGAACUGCUCACUGUGCACACCGCACACCGUGUUGACGUCUUCUGGAAUCCUCUAUGCGGGGUGAACUGUCGGUGUAAUAUGUACAUGUACGUCUUAUAGGCUGCACACAGGAGUUGCCGCCAAAGUAACCCCGCGAUCGGCUAAGGAGGUGAGUGGGUCUGUGGUGAAAGAAAGUGGUGAGAGAAGGCGA